CGAGAACACUGAGAAACCCCAAGCGGAAAGCCAUCCACCACCUCUCGACCUCUCGUCGCCUCCCUUUUGUCGCCAAACCCGUUAUCCGACACCGUUAACGCGAAUACAUAGCCAAGAUGUCCAAGAAAGGUGUUGCCGGUAACAAGCUGAAGAUGACGCUCGGUCUGCCUUGCGGCGCCGUGCUCAACUGCUGCGACAACUCCGGUGCUCGUAACCUCUACAUCAUUGCUGUUACGGGUACUGGUGCGCGCCUGAACCGUCUCCCCGCCGCCGGUGUCGGUGACAUGGUUAUGGCCACCGUCAAGAAGGGAAAGCCUGAGCUCCGUAAGAAGGUCAUGCCCGCUGUUGUUGUCCGCCAGAGCAAGCCCUGGCGCCGACCUGACGGCAUCUACCUCUACUUCGAGGACAAUGCCGGUGUUAUCGUCAACGCCAAGGGUGAAAUGAAGGGUUCCGCUAUUACCGGCCCUGUCGGUAAGGAGGCUGCUGAGCUUUGGCCUCGUAUUGCCUCCAACUCCGGUGUCGUCAUGUAAACGGGUUUCAACGGGGAAAUUGGGAUGUAUUAGAACGAAAUACCAGCG